AUGAAUCGUAGACCAUCAGGAUUUUCUAAAAUACCAACAAUUGGAGCACGUUCAAUAUUAAUUGCUAUCGAUGGUUCAGAACAUUCUAAAAGAGCAUUUGAUUAUUAUUUAAAAUGGUUACAACGACCAGAUGAUGCAGUGACUAUUUAUCAUGCUGUAGAACCUGUUUCAUUACCAACUAUUUCAUUAUCAAAUCCAAUUAGUAUACCAAGUGAUGAAUGGUCAAAUAUUGUACAGACAAAUGUUAAACGUGUACGUCAAUUAGAAAAUGAUUAUAGUGCAGAUUGUUUAACAAAUAAUUUAACAUUUCAAUUUUUAUAUGAAUCUGUUGAUCAUAUUGGGUCAGCAAUUAUUGAAAAAGCUGAAAAAUAUAAUGUACGUUUAAUUAUUAUUGGUAGUCGUGGUCUAGGUGCAAUCAAACGUACAAUUAUGGGUAGUGUUAGUGAUUAUGUGGUACAUCAUGCAAAUACAACUGUAUGUGUUGUACCAUGUAUUGAAGAGAUCACACAGAGUACAACAACAUAA